AUGAAUUUCGAACAACUAGUAAACGACGUAUUACUCGACUUUUUUGAAUAUCUACCAAGUGUUGAACUUCUUCGAUCAUUUUCUCAUCUUAAUUAUCGAUUUAAUAGUCUUCUCAUUAGUCAUUUUCGAACUCAUGGUCUCAAUAUGCAGUCCAUAUCCAAAGAUAAUUUUGAUAUUAUUUGCCGUGAACAUCUUCCAUUUAUUGCUCCUUAUUUAAAUGGACUUCGUCUUUCCGAUGAUGAUGAUACACCAAAUCAAAUCAAUAACUUAUUCUCGUAUUCUUUUUCAUUAAAUCGAUUUAUUCAAUUAAAAUCAUUAACACUCUAUCAUAUAUCUUCAAAUGAAAUGCUCAAACAAAUAGUCGUACAAUUUAAUUGUGAUUCACAUCUCAUUAAUUUUAAUAUUAUUAAUUGUCAUGUGACAUGUGAUCGAAAAAUCUUACGUGAUAUACUUAAUUGCAUCUGGAAUCUACCGAAAUUAAUGUUUUGUCAUUUGGAUAUGCAUUUAUCGUCUAGGGGAAAUUUUUGUCUUCCAUCGAUUCGAUCAAAAUCAAUUGAAUCUUUAUGGAUCAAAUAUAUGAUGUUCGAUUCUGAUGCAUUAAUUCGAUUAUUUCGAUGUACACCAAAUCUUCGAUUUUUAACUACUCGUGUCGAUAAAUUACCGAACAAUACGCAAUUUCCAUCUAUUCUUUCGUCCAUAUCUUCAAUAAAUCUGAUCGUUGAUCAUCUAACUAAUGGAUCGGUUAAUUUACUUCAACAAAUGCCUAAUUUAACUAGUUUAACUCUUCAACUUGGUAAACCGUAUAUGAAUGGUCAUCAAUGGAAACAAUUUAUUCUUGAUUAUUUACCAAAACUAAUGACAUUUCGAUUUUCGAUGCUUUUUUCUCUUAAUAAUGAAGAAGAAAUCAAUGAAUUCAUCGACACAUAUCGUACACCAUUUUGGCUAAUUGAUCAUCAAUGGUUUAUUCGAUGUCAUUGGGGCUCAGACUUUAGAAAGAUUCUUAUUUAUAUGUAUACACUACCGUAUUGUUUUUCGUUUUUUUCAUUUAUUCAAAACAGCACAAAUGUUUUUACUAUAUCGACAUGUCCAAAUAAAGAGGACUACUGUACUUAUAAUCGUGUAAACACUUUGUUGCCAUAUUGUUUACCAUCAAACGAUUCAUUUCUAUAUCAUAUUCGUUUUAACAAUAUUCGUCAUCUUGAACUUGCAUUUCCUGUGUCUGAUCGUUUUCUUACUGCUUUUCCUCAUUUUGAUCAGUUGAUUUCUCUCAUUAUCUCAAGUGAUAGUGAUGUUGAUGUUGAUGUUGACAUUGUUCGAUCUCAAUUGCAAAUGUUGAUCAACCGAGCACCUCGUCUUUACAUGUUAACUAUUAAUAAUUGGGAUUCAUCAAUGAUACAGCAUCUUCCCAAUUAUUUAACUAGCAAUUCAAUUCGUCGACUUAAUUUACUAAGUGGUCAUUAUUUAAAACGUAAUUUUUGCUUCAAUACUGAACAAUGUACAACUUUUCUUCGUUCAUCAUUAGCCAAGCAAUGUCAUGUUCUUCAAAUUAUUAUUGAUGAUCGAUCAAAUAUCGAGAGACUGAUUAAUGGAAUGAACAAUCUUCAGGCAUUAAAGGUUAUUAUUCAAUCUGAUCAAGAGGAUAAUUAUUUUCCUAGUGAAGAAGAUCUCGUUAGAUGGAUGUCAUCGGAAUUUUCACAAACGUUUACAGAAAACUUAACUGGAACUGAAACUAUUCGGUUAUGGGUUCAUUAA